AUGCUUCUGGUUAUGUGGCCGCACAUCCGACCCGAGGCCGCCUGCACUGACAGGCUCGUGAGCCUCGACCGGGCUGCGCAGCGCGAGGGCAACUCUAAUUGGGGCAUCAGCCAGCAAAGGCCGCGGCAGACAAGCUCACAGAAGCCAGCUGAUGGCCUCCUGGCCGAGUUUCGACAGCAGUUCCCCCAGGUUGGUCCCGUCAGCACUGAGGCCCCUGCGCCGAGCAUCGCCCAGACGAGCGUGGCGAACCAUCCCAUAAUCAUCAACGCGCCCGAUCACGCAGAUAGCGCCGGCCAAAAUGUCGACAAUGAGCCCUUCAGGGAUCAGGACCCGACGCCACGUGCCUCCCACGAGCCGUGGCGAUUUACGCCGUCACUGCUUGACCCGAAUUCGUACGCCUUCAACUCUUUCGCCAACGCGCCCCCGGGGUACUACACACCGACCCCUGGAGGAAACAACACCUUAUUCCACUCUCAAGCUGGUGAUCUGCACACGCCGACUCUAGUGAUGGCACAAGGCCUCGGGACGCCCCUGUCGAUGCCAACGUCAGGCGACGGCCUCCAGUCUGGUGUCACUACCAUGGACAUGUCGGGCUUCCAAAACCUCCAGCCACACCAGUUCCAUCACUUCAAUCCCUUCAUUCAAGCGCCUCCGCCGCAACCUGGCUUCGCCCCUUCGUCCUUUGUUCAUCAAGAUACGGGCUACGAGACGAUGGAGCAGGAUGCCUCCCCUAGAUCUGACCCUUCUGACAGCAGGAUGCAGUCUAUGGCAACGGCGGUCAACUCGCAGAAGUUUUCAUCGUUACCUAUGGGCCAGCCAUUGCCAGCGUCAGCAGAGAAGUUUCGUUUCCACUCCACCUUGAACGCCCCUACCGCCAUGGUCAAGCACGCAGAUGAGAUACCAGUGACGUAUCUAAACAAGGGCCAGGCUUAUUCGCUGUCUAUCGCGGACACGAGCGGUACCAUCCCGGUCCAGCCUGGCACCAAGUACCGUACGUUCGUGCGCGUAUCCUUCGAAGACGAAGAACAGCGUCAGAAGCCGAGCGUGUGCUGGGGACUUUGGAAGGAAGGUCGAGGAACAAACGAGGCCCACCAACGCGGCGGCAAGCUCCAAGCCGUCGAAUUCGUUGAGGCGGGCCAACCCGCUGAUGGAGAUGACAAGAGAACCCGCAUCGAACUCGAAACAUCCUCCUUCGACGGCUUCUCGGUUACUUGGACCCCUGGCGUUAACGGGGCUCCCGAAGUCAACAUUGCUGUACGAUUCAAUUUUCUCUCGACCGAUUUCAGCCACUCGAAGGGCGUAAAGGGGAUUCCAGUGAGGCUCUGCGCCAAAACAACACUUGUCUCCCCUAGCCCUGCUCCCGACACAUCGCCCGAGAUUUGCUUCUGCAAAGUGAAGCUUUUCCGCGACCACGGUGCAGAGAGAAAGCUAUCGAACGAUGUCGCGCACGUAAAGAAGUCGAUAGACAAGCUGAAGCAGCAGCUCGCCCAGCUCGAGAGCGGCAUGAAGGACUUUGGGAAGAGAAAGAGGCAUAGCGGGGCGGCCAAGGCUGCUGAUCCUCAGCGCCCAGGAAAGGUUCCCAAGCACAAGAGAACAUGGUCUAUGUCCUCCGCGAGCUCGGCUGGAGGUGGUGGGGCGCGUAUGACCAUGGAGGAGGACUUACAUUUCAAGCUUCAGACCCUCCAAGACAUGUUCACGAGCACACGACCUGUCAGCGUUCUCUAUCUCCGAGGCGACGAACUGGACGACCCAGAUCUGCAUCCAGUGGCACUUCCAGGCGACAUGUCACCGCCAAACAGGACCGACGGAGCCAAGGAUGGACCCAAUUGGCAGCCACGGAGCACGCAAAGCUCUGUCACCGGCUCCAUGGUCUCGCCCUCGCCGAGCUCUCUGUCCCUCGCAUCCCAAGCUUCAGCCCUGGGACCUGGUGGAGUCUGGCAGAACAUGGACUCGGCCACCACGGGCGAAGUCUUGCGGAAAGGGCCGGACCAGCCCCAAAAGAUUGCCAAGACGGACGACGAUGGUACCUUGAGCGGAUGGAUAGAAGCGUUAGGUGUCGAUCCGUCAUAUCGACCUCCGCCGGAGCGAGGCGAAAAGCCGGUGGCCUGCUUCUACAUUAUCCGCCAGGCGCCGAUGGAGCCGGCCUAUCACAGGGCUAUAUACCUCAUGAAGCGAACGCUGGAGGAGUUCAACGGCCGCAUCGCCAACAAAUGGGGUUUGGACGCGUCGAAGAUCGUGCGGACCCUGCAUGUCAUCCAAGACGGCCUGGAGGUGGAAAUCGACGACGACGUGGUCCGCGAGCUCAAGGAGGGACAGGAUAUGAGGCUCGAAGUUGAAACCAUGGAACAGCAAGGUCCCUCGAAGCGCGAAUGGGAAAUGUCCGUGGACGGUUUGGCCGGACAAGACCCAGCAAAGUCGACAAUUGCUGGUGGAAUUGUUCUUCGACUCAAAUUUUGA